AUUUAUACUCGCGAUGUGAUGAACUAACCUGGAUACUGGCGGUAAACGAUAUGUCUCGGGUGCUCCUCAUUUACGGGAAUAUAUCCUCAACUACCUAACAUAAGAAGAGGCUCAUCUUUCUAUACGAUCCAAAGUUCCUAGCGGGUAAUACGAAUAAAAAUAAAUAAAGAAACCUUGAAAAUGGCGUAUCAAAUCUUUCACGGCACCGUGAUCGACUCACUCUCGCAAUCAGACCUCUGCAUCAUCGAGGACGCCUUACUCGUCGUGAACCCAGACGGCGAGAUAGUCGAAUUACUAGCAGAUCUUCCCAAGGAUAAAAUACCCGCGGAGCUAUCAAGGUUAGAAAUUCCCACCCCCUUCCCGGUCCUCGAGAACAACAUCCGCUACCUCAGCCGCGGGCAAUUCCUGAUCCCCGGCUUCGUCGACACCCACAACCACGCGCCGCAGUGGGCCCAGCGCGGCCUCGGCCAGAGCAUGCACAUCCUCGACUGGCUGGACCGCGUGACCUUCCCGAACGAGGCGCGCUUCCGCGACCCCGCCCACGCGCGCCGCGUCUACGCCAGCUGCGUCGACGGCUUUCUGAGGCAGGGCGUCACCACGGCGUCGUACUACGGCUCGCUGCACGCGGAGGCCACCAAGGUCCUCGCCGACAUCUGCCUGGAGAAGGGCCAGCGCGCCCUCGUCGGCAAGUGCAACAUGGACCGCAACGCCCCCGAGUACUACCGGGACGCGAGCGCCGCGGCCUCGCUCGCCGACACGCGGGACUGCGUCGCGCACGUCCGGAGGAUCGACCCCGAGGCCAGGCUGCUCAGGCCCGUGCUGACGCCGCGCUUCGCCAUCACCUGCUCGCCGGAGCUGUUGCGGGGGCUCGGCGCGCUGGCGGCCGCGAACCCGGACCUGCCGAUCCAGACGCACUUCAACGAGGCGGGGCAGGAGAUGGCGUUCACGCGGGAGCUGUUCCCGGAGUUCGCGGGCAGCGAGGCGGACCUGUACGCGCAUUACGGACUGCUCAACGAGCGCUCGAUCCUCGCCCACUGCUGCCAUAUGAGCGAGCACGAGGUGGCCCGCGUAGCCGAGCUGGGGUGCGGCGUCGCGCAUUGCCCGGUCUCCAACAUGACGGUCGGUGGAGGGUUCAUGGCGGCGCCGGUGCGCGAGUUCUUGCGCCGCGGGAUCAAUGUCGGUCUGGGCACGGAUAGUGGGGGCGGGUUCUCGAGCAGUAUCCUGGACGCGAUGAGGCAGGCGCUGGUAGCGUCGAAUGCGCGGGAAGUGAUGAGCGAGGGGAAGGACAAGGGGCUCAGUAUCAGCGAGCUGUUUUAUCUAGCGACGUUGGGAGGCGCCAAAGUGUGCGGUCUCGCUAGCAAGAUUGGCAAUUUCGAAGGUGGAAAGGAGUUCGAUGCCCUGCUCAUCGAUGCUCGGGCGCCGGGCGUCAUGACCGUGCUAGAGGAUGACGAUUCUACCGAGACGAUAUUUAACAAGUUUGUUAUGACGGGCGAUGAUAGGAAUAUUAUCGAAGUUUACGUACGCGGACGGUUGGUCAAAUCUUGAAAUAACACUCAAAUUGAGGAUUCUCAUCCGCUUUGCCUGUUAAGAAGUAUCGCGGAUAAUAAUAUGUUCUAAGACGUGAAGUAACAACAACGUCUAAAAAAACAUUGGGGUAUCUUGUUUUUCACUUAUCCCUC